CCUGGGCUGCUACAGCCGCGCCUGCGCACCACAGCUGAAGGUGUUGGCGGCGGCGGGGGCUAUUUCAUCUUCUAGUCGCGCCCCCUCCGCGUGCGCGCAUCCAGCGCCCAAACACGCCCCGGCCGCCGCCGCCCCUCCCCCCUCCUUCCUGCAUGCGUGGGCCGCUGGGGGCGGGGUUUCCGGGAGCGUCGGGCCUGACACGGCGGCGAGGAUGGCUCUGAGGGGGCGCCGGUAGCGGCGGCGGCAGCAGGUCAUCCGUCCACCCACAGCUCAGCUGGCGGAAUCUAGCCCCCAUCAGCUCAAAACUUCCACGUCAACAUGAACGAGGUGUCGGUUGUCAAGGAGGGUUGGCUACACAAGAGAGGCGAAUACAUCAAAACCUGGAGACCCAGGUACUUCCUCCUGAAGAGCGAUGGGUCUUUCAUUGGGUACAAGGAGAAGCCAGAGAUGUCUGACCACAGCCUGCCCCCUUUGAACGACUUCUCUGUGGCAGAAUGCCAGCUGAUGAAAGUUGAGCGGCCGCGGCCCAACACCUUCAUCAUCCGCUGUUUGCAGUGGACGACUGUCAUUGAGAGGACGUUCCAUGUGGACUCUCCUGAUGAGCGGGAGGAGUGGAUCCGGGCCAUUCAGAUGGUUGCCAACAGCUUAAAGAACCAGGAGCCAGAAGAGGACAGGAUGGACUACAAGUGUGGCUCCCCCAGUGACAGCACAGGGGCCGAGGAGAUGGAGGUGGCAGUGACCAAGACCCGGACCAAGGCGACCAUGAAUGACUUUGACUAUCUGAAGCUCCUUGGGAAGGGCACUUUUGGGAAGGUCAUCCUCGUGCGGGAAAAAGCCACCGGGCGCUACUAUGCCAUGAAGAUCCUGCGCAAAGAAGUCAUCAUUGCCAAGGACGAAGUGGCUCACACUGUCACAGAGAGCAGAGUCCUGCAGAACACGAGGCAUCCCUUCCUCACGGCACUGAAAUAUGCAUUCCAGACCAACGAUCGCCUCUGCUUCGUGAUGGAGUAUGCCAAUGGAGGGGAGCUGUUUUUCCACCUUUCAAGGGAGCGUGUCUUCACUGAGGAUCGUGCCCGUUUCUAUGGGGCUGAGAUUGUUUCUGCUUUGGAGUACCUGCACUCCCGGGACGUCGUUUACCGCGACAUCAAGCUGGAGAACCUCAUGCUGGAUAAAGAUGGACACAUAAAAAUCACAGACUUUGGGUUGUGUAAGGAGGGCAUCACUGAUGGCGCCACAAUGAAGACCUUCUGUGGGACACCAGAGUAUCUGGCCCCUGAGGUGCUGGAGGACAAUGAUUACGGGCGGGCCGUGGACUGGUGGGGCCUGGGUGUGGUCAUGUACGAGAUGAUGUGUGGGCGCCUCCCCUUCUACAACCAAGACCACGAGCGCCUCUUUGAGCUGAUCCUCAUGGAGGAGAUCCGCUUCCCACGCACGCUCAGCCCGGAGGCCAAGGCCCUGCUGGCCGGACUCCUCAAGAAGGAUCCGAAGCAGAGGUUGGGGGGCGGCCCCAACGAUGCCAAGGAGGUGAUGGAGCAUCGCUUUUUUGCUGCCAUUAACUGGCAGGACGCUGUUCAGAAAAAGCUCAUCCCACCCUUCAAGCCCCAGGUGACGUCUGAAAUCGACACUCGGUACUUUGAUGACGAGUUCACAGCUCAGUCAAUCACCAUCACCCCACCGGACCGAUAUGACAGCAUGGACUCCCUAGAGGCUGAUCAGAGGACCCACUUUCCCCAGUUCUCCUACUCGGCAAGCAUCCGGGAAUAGGGUGGCAGCGCUCCCCCUGCAGUGCCAGAGGGACAGCGGGACUCUCUGUGAGGGGAGGGUGCCCCUCAUCUCGCUGGUCCUGCGGCACCCCAACGUCUGGGGGCCAAGCUAACCUACCUGGGCCUGCCAGCCUCAGUCUCCCCCACUGGGCAGCAAGGGGGGUGUACUGCACUUCCCAACCAAGAGUUGCUUCUCCCCUCACAGCAUCCAGCUGAGCUUUACAUGAGGAUGGACGUGGGGAUAUUUUAAUCGACUUUAAAGGCUCUGUGGGGGCUGUUUUCGGAUGUUUGCUUGAAAAGCCUCUGGGUGAGAGAAGGGGGUCACCCUGGUGCCAGGACAUUUGUGAAGCCAGGGUGGGGGUGCGGGGGGUGGGGGGCCGUUGCAGGAAGAGGUCAGGAGCCUGUGGAACUCCUGGAGGAAAGAUCCGCUUGCACCAGCAAACUGACACGUGGCAUGCAAAGGCACAUCUUCUUGUCCAAGUGGGAGUGGUGCCUACAGCUCUGCCUGUUGGCCUUGGAGCCCCCUCCCCUCCCCUGCCAGGCCCAUUAAGCCAGGCUCUGUGAAGCAGCUGAGAGACUGGGUCUCCCAAGCAGUAGGACUGGGGGCAGGGAGGGAGGGAGCCUCGUCCUGACUUUGUUCUCCUUCAACACACAGCACCUUUGGAGAGAAGCUGUGCAGCGUUCCUGGGUCCUCCGCCGUUGGCUGCAGGGGCUGCUGGGGGGUGUAUGGAGGCCUCUCCCAGCACUGCUGCUUGUGUGGCCACCAAAGCAAUAAUGGCUCCCUUCAUGACUGCCUUAAGGUGAGGGCAGUGCGCACUCAGCGCCGAUUGCGGAGUGGGGCUCUCAUCACCAAGUGGUUUGUUUUCUAUAGCACAGCUGGCCUGGGCGUCCCAUGUCGGGGGCAGCAAUGCCUCCCCCCGCAGGUGCCUCCAUUGCUGCUGCCGCUGCCCGCCUCCUUCUGCUCUUCCAGCCUUAGCGUUACGUAGGUGCUGAUGUAGCUGUCUUGGGCAGAGGACACUUCCUGGUGCCAUAUGAUCAGCCGAGCACGGGGGGGGGGAGAAAGGGAAGCCCAGAGUUCCCUUUCCCAGCAGAUGUCGUUGACGUGGCUGCACCUCCAGAAGGGAGAAGCCUUGCUCGCUGCUUCCAACAUGGGGCGUUUGUGGUUGUGCAGCUGCUAGCGCUUUUGACUGCAGGUGAAACGUUGGCCUGCCUGGAGUAAGGAGGGGUCAGGCCCAAGCCCCUGUGGAUUCUAGCUCUUCAUGCCUCCAGCAAGUCUCUUCCCUGUUUGCAGGCACAGCAGAAGUCAUCCUCCCCUUCCCCCAUGGGCUGGCCCAGGGACAGCUGGCCUUUUAUGCUUUUUAGAACCAAAAUACUGGCUCCACUGCCCCCAGCCUCACUUGCAGGCUAGCAGUGCUGAGGAGGAUGGACGCAGCCCUCCAAAGCCACUUCCUGUCCAGCAGCAGCAGGGGCCACCUUCUCCUGAGGCAUUUCUGGUCCCGAUGAGCCCCCUUCUGGGCAGAAGUGCACCCUGACAGUGCCGUCUCUCCCAUUAGGCUGGAGGUUAAAACAGGCCAGAGCAGAUCUGCACGGUUGGCCUGAAGAGGCAGGAUUAGGAAGGCGUUAGUGCUGGCAGUGCAGGUUUCAGACCUUGGAGGCCUGCAGCUGGUGUGGAAGAAUCUCUUCUUCUGCCCCCCCCCCCAUUUCUACACCUUACUCCUGCUUGCUUUCUCACAUGCACACUUGCUCUGCCUGUUUCACAUGGGCACACCUUGCAAGAGAAACUCCAGUGCAGGUCGACUUGCAAGUAACUCCACAAGUGUCAGGGAGGCUCAUUCCUGGGUUGUGGUGGAGGAUCUCAGGCUUCCUGGCCUAACUCUGCUGCCUCGUGUUCUGUCCGGCCCACCGUGAAGGAAGUCACGCCUCCUCUGGCCCUUGGCAAAGGUUGAGGCUCCCUCAGCAGAGACAUUUGGUUGCUCUGGCAGUGCCUGCCUGAAAAAGAAAAGCACAGCCUGCCUCCUUGCCAAGAACUGGAUGGAUGGAGUGACCAGGGUGAGAAUGUUCCUUUGGCUUCCUGGUGAAAUCAGGGCCAGGGUAGGGCUUGGUCAUCCCAGGCCCAGUUCUUGGGGACUUGCUUGCUUCUGAGUCCAUGGGCAUCAGGCUGGCUGCCACACCCUCACUCCCUCCACCUCCGCUGCUGGCCAUGUGCCGUUUGGGGAAAGGCUUAUCUACACCAGACACAACAGAAUGGAAUAUAGGGUGAGGGGAAGCUGUUCAGAGUGGAAUUUGGGAGGUGUUCUUUCCUCAUCCCUUUCCAUAAUGAGUUGGGGGUGCAGUGUGUUGGCAGGGGGGAAGGGAGAGAGUAAAAGAGGCAGGCGCAGCUUGUACUUGGCUGCGGGGAGGAGCCUUUGGGGGGAGGAGUGGGUCCUGAUGUCCUGAAGCACCCGCCUGCAGAUUUAAGCAAGAAAAUGGGAGACGUUGUGAUGCCAAGUGGUCACCAAGCAGUCUGGUUGGCAGCAGGUUUUCCUCGGAGGUCUCCUCAGUCACAGACGUUGAAAGCAAGAAGCUGCUGCCUAGGAAUGUCUCUCCAGCAACUUCUGUUCUCCUGUUUGGGGGGGGGGGCUUUCUAGGAGCUUGCCUAGGAGAGUUUUGGGAAGCAAGAGUCGGAUCUUUCCCCCCACCAAAGGGGCUCCUUGUGGAGCAGGCCACGCUCUCUUGCCCAUGGCCUCUUGGGCUGCUGUCACAGUCAUUGGUCUCCAAAGGGCCACAGAUCCUUUGAGGAGUGAAAUAACCCCUGUCGUGAUUUCAGGCCAGAGAGCACCAGUCUUGCCAGAAGGGCUACAGCAGCCGAGCCUGUAAGUAUGCUACACCCUGCUGGACAGUGAGAAAAGUGCAGUUUGCCUUCCCCUCCAGGCUGAGUCUGGAACCCCUUGCCAUUGUUCCUUGUUGGGGGUUGUGUGUUAAGGGGGAGCCCUUCUGGCCCAACCCACCCUGGUGAACAGUGGCCAUGGCCAUUUUUCCCUGCCAGUCAGCAGCAAGCUUCCCAGGAGUGCUGUGUUACCCAGGAACCCCGUGCAGGUAGAGCUCUCUUGUUUCUGGGCUCAGGCUUGCCACAGUUACCAUGCAUCUACUCAAACUUCCAAUAUGGUGCUCCAGGGCAGCUGGUUCAGUGAAGACAAAAGGCAGAGGAGGUGCAGCUAAUAAGUGGGCUGAGCUGCUCUUGCAGGGCAGGCAGCGGGAGGAAAGGAGCAGGUAGGCCGCUGCUUUCUUGGUCACAGGGUGUGGGGCCAGCCCCCUGUUGUUACAACAGAGUUGCCUUUCUGGGGUCAGGCUCUAGCUCUCUGAACCGUGACUGCCUCUCUCCCCUCCUGGCCCCAGCUUUACAGGAAACAUUCCUGGGGUGCUUUCAGCAAGAUCCUGGUGAUCUUGGCUGGGGAUCCCUGUGCUAACCUCAUGCCGGUGGGCCUACCUGAUGUUCCCAUUUCUGUGCCCAGCUGCUGCUGCCUGUUUCAUCUGUGGGCUCUUGAUGCUAACCAAGUUUCCUCCUCCUCUAGUAUUACUGGAAGUAGGGGAGAUGUAUGUUUGAGUGCAAACUAUCAACUGGCCAUUCGCUCACAGAAAAGACGACCAAGUCUGAUGGAGCCCCCCCCCCAACAGGCCAGCUGAAUUUACUCAACUCUUGUGCCAUUAUGUGGGCUGCGGCCUACAAUGCCCUUCCCCAAAACACAACUUAAUGCCUAUAGUUCCUAUGGGUCCGAAAUAGAGGUGGAGCCUCAUCUCUUACCAGAGCCUCAGUGUGCAACAGACUCUGCAGCCAGUGGACAUGCUGUAUAUUGUUGAAGCCCCUCCACAGAGCAUUGGGUGGAAGCUUGUUCCACUUCUAUUCCUAAGCUGCGGUGGCUGUAGAUGUUACGUUAGCCUGAUGGCUUAACAGGCAGCAGGCUGCCUGGACCCAUAACCAGAGGGGGGGGGAGAGGAGCAUGCACUUGUAGUUGCUCCAGAGGGUGGCACUGACUUGCUCUUCUGCCAUCUCUGCCCUGUGAAACCAGCUUGCUGGCCCCAGGUGAGCGCAGGCUGGAACUGGCUCAGCACCUCUGCGUUCAUUCAUUUGGGGCAUGGGGUGCCUCCCUCCUCCCCCAAGCGUGGAGGGGGGCAGGUUUGGCUCUGGCGUCUGCUCCACACUCUGCUUGGCCUUUCAUUUCAACACGGGCCUUUGAUGUGCAUCUAACUCAGAAGUGCCAGCAGCUUUAGAGCCUCAAUUAGAUGCUUAUGGUUUUGAUGACUUCAGAAGCUUUUAUCCUUCAGGAAACAAAUUUUGGAUUGUAAGUAUAUAACAGAUAGGAAUUCUGUGACUCAAUUCUAUACAUGUCUGAAUUCAGGGGAAACCUGGAUAUAGAGAUGGGGUGGAGUGUUAAACACGCACGCACACACACAAUCUGGGGGGGGUUAAUAAAAGUAUUUGUUCACUUAGUUUUUGUAGUUGUGUUAGUUGAGGUUUAUUAACUUAAUACUGACCCUUGUUAGCAGCUUUAGAUGGAAACGGCUUUCACUGCUGUGCUGUGUUUCCUUCUGUAUUUUCUCUCCAGUGCCAAAAACCAGCCACAAUGGCACUUCUUGCUGGGGCUCUUGCCCGAGAUCAUGAAUUGAGUUUGUAAAAUAAGUUUUGCUCGAGAGGCGAGUCCUCCAGAGCAUCUUUUGUGAAAAGUGGCAGAGGAGCUCAAAGCCCAAGAACGCUUUGACCUUUUGUAAGCCUCGGAGGUGCCUUCCUCUGCCACCCUUGGAUUUCUACGGUACACAAGCAAUAAAGGAUUUUGUUUUCUUUC